AUGAAGUUCAACCUCAUCCUCAUUACAGCCUUCCUGGAAAAUCAGGUCCUCUCUACUGCUAUCCCUGGAGUCAACAAGAAAACAGACCUCACUAAUGGCAUCGUUGACGACGCCGUAAAACUCCUCCCUCCCAGCGUCCCUGGCGUGCUCCGGGCAGUGUGCUGGACUCGUAUGUUACUGCGCGAGCGAGAGAAGGACUCGUUCGUCGAAGUGCGAUCGUCGCGGGAGGUCUUGUUGGAUGCGGUUCCCGUAAUGGCUUCAAACGGGCAUUUCUCCUCUGUCGGGGAAGACGGCAAUGGGAAUAACUACCAGCAUGGAGUCCAGGUGGUGGAUGGGGAUAAGGAGUUCAACCCCAACUUAUCCAAGUACCUAAUCCAUGAGCACGUCACUCCAGCAGGAUUCAAUUACCAUCUUAUAUCUGUCUUCGGAUCGCAGUCCACUGGAAAGUCAACCCUCUUAAAUACCCUUUUUGGAACCGAAUUUAGUGUCAUGUCCGAGACCGAAAGACGACAGACAACCAAAGGAAUAUGGCUCUCAAAAAAUAAACGAGCUGCCUCAAAGGAUAACGAAAAGAUGGCAGACAAUAUUUUAGUAAUGGACGUCGAGGGUACUGAUGGCAGGGAGCGUGGAGAAGAUCAGGACUUCGAGCGCAAAAGUGCACUCUUUGCGCUCGCGACAAGCGAGGUGCUUAUUGUUAAUAUUUGGGAGCAUCAGGUUGGGUUAUAUCAAGGAGCAAACAUGGGGCUUCUGAAGACAGUAUUUGAAGUGAAUCUUCAACUAUUCUUAAAAGAUACAAAAUCCUCUCCUCGAUCCCUGCUAUUUUUCGUUAUUCGUGAUUUUGUGGGGACAACCCCGCUUGAGAAUCUACAGAAUACCUUAAUGCAGGAUCUCCAGCGAAUCUGGGCGUCAUUAUCCAAACCGGAGGGGACAGAAAACUCGACUAUUGAAGAUUACUUUGAUUUUGCAUUUGCUGGUUUACCUCACAAGAGCUUCCAGCCGGAAAAAUUCGCCUCAGAAGUCGAUAAACUUAGCACUCGAUUCCGAGAUGGUCACCGUGACCCCACGAAUAUGUCCGCUAAAGGCACCGCCGCUGUGGAAGGCGGCAUUUUCCUUCCCGAGUAUCAUCGAAGAAUUCCUGCCGAUGGUUUCUCAGUUUACGCCGAGGGAAUCUGGGACCAAAUUGUGAAUAAUAAGGAUUUGGACUUGCCUACUCAACAGGAGCUUCUGGCGCAAUUCCGUUGCGACGAAAUUGCUCGAGAGGUUCUUAUCUUAUUCGACGAAACCAUCGGCCCCUUUGAAGUACAGCAAGCCGAAGGAGUUAAUUCUGGAAUCCCCCAAAUCCUUGGUGGCCUUGGUGCUGCCAUGCGUGCGGCUCGCGGAACGACAGUAACUAAUUUCGAAACUGAGGCGAGCCGAUACCAUAAGCGCGUUUUUAUGACAAAAAAAUCCGAACUAGAGGAGAAAAUAGACACGCGCCUUAAGGCUUUAUUUGCUGGUCAACUCAGCGCUGCUCAUAAGUCCGGCGUGACACAGUUUAGUGAAGCUGUUAGUUCCGCAGUUAAGGCAGGUCAGAAGAAGGGGGCCAGUUACGAUUUUGCCGAAAUUGUGACUCGGGAAAGGAAACUCGCAAUAGAGAAGUUUGAAAAAGAAGCCAGCAUCACAGUGGUAGAAGGGGCUCCCUGGAGUAACUACAAACAGGAGCUAUCUCUUUACCAAAAGGACCUUGAAAAGAUCAGCUCACAGCUGCGAAAGGACGAGAUGAGGCGACUUGCUACCAGAGUUGAACGAUGGGUGAGAUCUCGCUUGGGCGAUUCCAUCGACCUUGAAUUCAACGCCCUUGGAUCAGGAAGAGGUGGCUCUAGAGCACCGGAAAGCGGAGACAAGCCAAACGAAAAGUCCAUUUGGGAUAGGAUUUGGUCUCUCUUCGUGGACACUGUCCUGGACGCAGAGCGGAGGUUCACAGAACGAGCUAGCAGUUUCGAUGCAAGCUUAGAUGAAGUUGACGUUGGACUAUGGAGGCUACGAAGGAAGGCCUGGAGUGUUCUGCGGUCUAAGAUUGAUGAGGAGAUGAUGGAGGGUAACAUACUUCUCAAACUGCGCGAAAACUUCGAGGAUAAAUUCCGUUACGACGAGGCUGGCGUUCCACGGAUCUGGCGGCCUACCGAUGAUAUUGAGGGCAUCUAUACAGCUGCUAGAGAGUCGACACUCACCCUAAUCCCACUACUAGCUCGUUUCAAGCUGAAUGAAACCUCCGCACCUCCACCUUUGGAUAAGUGGGUUGGCCAUAUGCCCGGUUCUGCAAGUUCGGCAGACGAAGAAGACCUCACCCCUAUUGGUGGAGUCGACGAAGAUGAUGGCAAGAGCUUGGAGGAAGAGAUGACUAUGCUCAGCGAGGCUAAGAGGCAGGAUUUGACAGUUCGCUUCAAGAAGGCUGCUGAUGGCGUUUACGUUGAAGCCAAGCGAAGUGCCAUCGGUGGAAUCACCCAGGUUCCCCUGUAUUUCUACGGUCUUCUUCUGGCUCUGGGUUGGAACGAAAUAGUAGCUGUUCUCCGAAACCCGAUAUACUUCGUGUUUCUCCUCGUCAUCGGUGUUGGUGCCUACAUCACCUUCCAACUUAACCUCUGGGGCCCAAUGAUAAACAUGGCCGAGGCAGCCUCACGCCAGGCCGUCGAAGAAGGUAAACGACGACUCCGGGACUUCCUAGAGUCGUCUGAUACCGGACGACAGGCAAUGGCGAUGUCUGGCCGUAAUGGCCCGCGUGUUGAAGAGUACGAAAUGUCAUCCAACCUUAAGAACAAAGGAAGACGCGCUGCUGCGGACGACGAUGACGACGACGACGAUUUGUCUUGGGAGAGCAAAGUGAAAAUGGGUUCCGUCGUUCUCCCCCAUCUUACCACUGCCUGGCAUGUUGACCAGGCCAUUCUUUCCGAGGAGGAACGUCUAGUCGUCAUAAGAUUCGGUCGUGACUGGGAUAAAGACUGCAUGAGACAGGAUGAAGUUCUCUACCGAAUAGCUGACCGGGUCAAGAAUUUCGCCGUGAUUUACCUUUGCGACAUCGACCAGGUGCCUGAUUUUAUCCAGAUGUACGAACUUUACGAUCCCAUGACGAUAAUGUUCUUCUUCCGCAAUAAACAUAUGAUGUGCGAUUUUGGAACCGGAAACAAUAAUAAGCUCAACUGGGUGUUGGAGGAUAAGCAGGAGUUGAUCGAUAUCUUCGAGGCUAUUUAUCGAGGUGCGAAGAAGGGGAGAGGUUUGGUUGUCAGUCCAAAAGAUAUUAGGCUGCUUGGUACGCCUGUCCACGAAAUGAUUAUGGGAAUACACAAGAGAACAUGGGCACCACUAGAAUAUUUCUACGGGUUCAUUGAAUAUGGAAACGAGGAUGGCCGCUCUACCUCUCUUUAA